AUGAAGUACUCCAUUUUGAUGCUGGCCACCGCGGCCAGCGCCGCCUUUGCGGUGGCUGUCCCUGAGCCUGAGCCUGAGCCUCAGCCAUGGUCCUUGUGGACACAAAUGGAAUGUUACAAGAGAUACAAGAGCUGCGAUAAAAAACAGCCAGGCGACAAUUACUGGUAUGGCGCAUGCUGCGGCAAGUGGAAGCGUUCAGCCCAGCCUGAGCCCGAAGCUGUUGCUAUUCCUGAGCCCGACCCUGUUGCCGAGCCUAUGCCCUGGUGCACCUGGAAGGGCCAGCCUUGCUGGAAGGAGAAGAUGGCCAAGCGAGAGGCUCAACCCGAGCCUGAGGCCGUCCCUGCCCCUCAACCCGAUCCCGUCGCCGAGGCCGAACCUUGGUGCACCUGGAAGGGACAGCCUUGCUGGAAGGCCAAGAUGGCCAAGCGUGAGGCCGAGGCCGAAGCUGAAGCUGGGCCUAUCCCCGAUCCCGUCGCCGCUCCUCAGCCCGAUCCCGUUGCUGAGCCUAUGCCUUGGUGCACCUGGAAGGGCCAGCCAUGCUGGAAGGAGAAGAUGGCUAAGCGCGAGGCUAAGCCUGAACCCUGGUGCUGGUGGAAGGGUCAGCCAUGCUGGAAGACCAAGCGCAACGCUGCUCCUGAGCCCAUGCCCGAGCCUGCCAACGAGCCCAGAUGGUGCUGGUGGAAGGGACAACCUUGCUGGAAGUCCAAGGCUAAGCGUGAUGCCUCUCCCGAGCCCUGGUGCUGGUGGAAGGGUCAGCCAUGCUGGAAGGCCAAGCGUGAUGCCGGUGAGGCUCUCACUGUCGCUCUCCAUGCCACCCGCGACAUCGAGGCUCGAUCCAUCGCCGAGACUGAACACCUCCCCCGCGACGCUGCUCACCAGGCCAAGCGCUCCAUCGUCGAACUCGCCAAUGUCAUUGCCCUCUCCGCCCGUGGCAGCCCCGAGGAAUACUUCAAGAACCUGUACCUCGAGGAGUUCUUCCCUGAGAUUCCCCACAACGCUACCGCCAAGCGCGACGCCAAGCGCGCUGCUGAGGCUGUUCUCCACGCUGUUGAUGGCUCUGAUGGUGCUGGUGCCCCCGGUGGCCCCGAGGAGCACUUUGACACUUCCAACUUCAACCCCCAGAACUUUGAGGCCAAGCGUGACCUCAUGGCUAUCAAGGCCGCUGCUCGCAGCGUUGUCGAGUCCCUUGAGGGUUAA